GAUCAGCUGACGACGGUCACAUGACUUUGGAUCUCUCCGCUCAGAACAGCAGCAGCAGCAGCACCAGCAUGGCAGUGUCACAGCAGAAGGCAGUGUAUUGGCUGGGAAAGGACACCCUGAGUGUAUCAGCCGCUCUGUUUGCUGAAAACCGAAAACGCUUGUGUCAUGCCCUGAAAAAAGAGGAGAACCUGAAGAAUGGAUCUGUGGUUCUGCUCCAGGGAGGAGAACAAAUGCAGAGAUACUGCACAGACACCGAUAUGAUCUUCAGACAGGAGUCGUUCUUCCACUGGGCUUUUGGUGUGAUUGAGGCCGACUGCUACGGUGCCAUCGACGUAAACUCCAAGAAAUCCAUUCUGUUUGUUCCCAAACUGCCGGAGAGCUACGCCACAUGGAUGGGAGAGAUCUAUCCACGUGAACAUUUCAAGGAGAAAUACGCAGUGGAUGAAGUUCAUUACACCUCUGAUAUCGCUGAUGUCCUGGCCAAAAUGAAGCCAAGUGUCCUCCUCACACUGCGAGGAGUGAACACAGACAGUGGCAGCACCUGUCGUGAGGCGUCGUUUGAAGGCAUCAGUCAGUUUGAGGUGAAUAACUCUCUGCUACACCCAGUGAUUGUGGAGUGUCGUUUGCUGAAGACUGACCUGGAGCUGGAGGUUUUGCGCUACACCAACCGGAUUUCCAGUGAGGCCCAUAAAGAGAUAAUGAGACGAGUGAAGCCUGGACUGAAGGAGUAUGAGAUGGAGAGUCUGUUCCAGCAUUAUUGUUACUCUCGGGGUGGGAUGCGUCACACUUCAUACACCUGCAUCUGUGGAAGUGGGAAUAACUCUUCAAUCCUGCACUAUGGACACGCUGGUGCUCCCAAUGAUAAAACCAUUCAGGAUGGAGACAUGUGUCUCUUCGAUAUGGGUGGGGAAUAUUACUGCUAUUCAUCUGAUAUCACCUGCUCAUUCCCAGCCAAUGGAAAGUUUACACCUGACCAGAAAGCCAUUUAUGAAGCUGUGCUGAAAUCUUCCAGAACCGUCAUGGCUGCCAUGAAACCAGGUGUAAAAUGGACAGAGAUGCAUCGUCUGGCUGACCGGGUUCAUCUGGAGGAACUGGUUAAGAUCGGUAUUGUGCGUGGUGAUGUAGAUGAGAUGCUGAAGGUUCAUUUGGGUGCUGUGUUUAUGCCUCAUGGUCUGGGUCACCUGCUGGGCAUUGAUGUCCAUGAUGUUGGAGGAUACCCAGAGGGCACUGAACGCAUCGACGAGCCGGGUCUAAAGAGUCUUCGUAUGGGUCGUGUGGUGGAGGAGCGGAUGGUCCUCACAGUGGAGCCAGGAAUUUAUUUCAUCAAUCAUCUCCUGGAUAAAGCUCUAAAUUCACCCGAUCACAGUAAAUUCAUCAACAACGAUGUCCUGGCUCGAUUCCGCGGCUUUGGAGGGGUGCGUAUUGAGGAUGACAUCGCUGUGACUGCUAAUGGUGUGGAGCUUCUCACCUGUGUUCCUCGAACCGUGGAGGAAAUCGAGGCAUUUAUGGCAGAGGGGACAUCCAAACCCUUCAGUCCAAUCAGCAGUGAGAAAUUCUGAAAAAAGCACACGAUGAUGAUGAUGACGACGACACUCCAUUUCUAGAACAUGUCUGUCUUUACUCUUCAUCACAGUUAAUGAAUAUCUUUUAUAUUUCAGUCAAUAAAGGGAAAUCAAUCAAACAUGAAGUUAAUAUAUAUAACAGCUGAUGCUUUGCUGACAGUGAGAUUCAUUAUAUAAAUCCAUAUACACUGCGUGAGACAGUACAGUAUUUAAAUAUCAUGAAGUAUUAUAACAAUCAAUUACAGGAUCAUUUAUGCAUUUAUGUAGCAACUAUUUUAACAUUUAUUCUUCAAUUUUUUGAUUACUCCCUGUGAUUUACUCUGAACACUUCAUAACAGUUUAUAAACUUUGUUUACAGUAUUUUCAGCAAUGUGUGAGAAGAAAUAUAUGGUUUAUUUUUUCAAUAAACAUCUGAUUUUCUAGCAUCUCA